UUGACGAAAUUACAAUAUACAUUAAAUAAAUGUUGUAAUUUUAGCGGCAUUAUGGCAUCUCUGGAAAAUGCAGACCCAUCGCUGAAAGAAUACAUUUCAAAGAAUUCUCUUCCUGCGAUUUUUCAGUCUCUUUUAGCUGGCCUAUGCACCUCGUGUCCUGACAAUCCCCUGCAUUAUAUUGAGGAGAAGCUUUUAGCAAUCCAGGGGAGCAGAGAUAUUGAUAUUGAGUGGGAUACAUUUGCUGCUGAUGAUGUGGAGGAUGACCUUUACCCAUCUAAUAAAAAGAUGGUGCAUGGCAUGAUACAUCUUUUUGAGAACUCAGAUGACGACAUUUCGACGUCAUCAUUUUUUGAAGAGGCAUUACACUGUCACCGGAGGAGUCUCAUGAAGAUGUGCUUCAUGGCCUGGAAAAGGUAUAUUCUGAAGAGAAGAAUAGAAGCUGUCAUUCUGCGUCAGAACAUGGAUACUGCUAAGAGGCACUAUGCAAAGAACGUCCUGCAUUACACCUUCAGAAUAUGGAUCAAGUGGGUGCAGAUAAAGAAGAAGAGAAAGAGGGAUGCUAUUAAAAAGCUCCAAAAAGUGCAUGAACUACUGCAGUGUAGAAACAUUUUUUUUGCCUGGCGAUAUGUGGUGCAGGACUCAAAGAGAACACAACAGUACAUUGAGAAGUGGGAAAAUAACCUACUGGAGAAGACUAGCCAAGAGGUGGACAACACUAUUGAAGAACAGGACAUUAUUUCUGUGCUGCCGAGCAAAUUGUCUUUGAAGAUCUUUCAGUAUUUAGAAUCCGGAGACCUGAUAAGGUGUGCUGAGGUGUGUGACACAUGGAUGGCCAUAACUCAAACCUGCAGUCUCUGGAACAAGAUCAAUUUUUCAGCAGAAAAACACUGGAUUCAAAGCUGUGAUGUAGAAAAGAUACUGAAGAAGUAUCGUCCGUUUGUGGUCCACUUAAAUCUACGUGGUUGUAUAUCUCUGAUGUGGCCCGCAUUUAGAUGUAUAAGUGAAUGCCGAAAUCUUCAGGAGCUCAAUCUGAGUCAAUGCACCAACAUAGAUGAUGAGACAGUUCGAAUAAUAUCUGAGAGUUGUCAGUCCCUCUUCUACCUGAAUCUUUCAUACACCUAUGUGACAAAUGGAACUCUGAAAGUGCUUUCAAGGUGCUGUAUGAAUCUGCAGUACUUGAGUCUGGCCCACUGUAGAAGGUUCACAGAUAAAGGGCUGCAGUUCUUAGCUACAGAGAAAGGCUGCCAUGGGCUUGUCCACAUAGAUCUAUCUGGCUGCACCCAGAUAACAGUGGAUGGGUUCAGAUCCAUUGCAGAUGGGUGCAGUGUGCUGCAACACAUUAUAUUUGACAACAUGCCUACAUUUACAGAUAGGUGCUUAGAGGUGCUGACUGCUAAAUGCCACUCUCUAGUUACAAUAUCCCUCCUGGGGUCCUCUCAUCUCACCGACACUGCAUUCAAAACCAUUGCUGAAGCAGCUUCUCUUAAGAAACUACAAAUAGAAGGCAACGAGCAUAUUACUGACAUCGGCUGGAAGGCUGUUUGCAAGAGUUCUCCCAACCUAAGCCAUCUACAUGCUGCUGACUGUCCAAAGAUGACUGAUGCCAGUCUGAAAUACAUAGCAUCCCUGAAGAAUAUCAGUUACCUUGACAUCUCAGAUUGUGUAAGGAUCAGUGAUGUUGGCCUGCGUUGCUUCACUGACAGUCCAUCUGCUGUCAAGAUGCAAGAGUUAAAUCUCAGCAACUGCCGCGUCAGUGAUGUAGUGGUCGUCAGAAUCGUACAGAGAUGCAGCAUGCUCACUACCCUGAAUCUGGCAUACUGUGAAUCUCUAACAGACGCGGGCAUUGAGUUCCUGAGUAACUCACGCUGUCUUGUCUGUUUGGACAUGACUGGCUGUCAUAUGCAGGACAAAGGACUGACUGCAAUAGGAGAAAUUAAAUGUUUGAAGAAGCUCAGUAUAUCUGAAUGUCUUUGGAUAACUGAUAUUGGCAUCGAGAUGUUCUGUAGGCGGGCCAACAGUCUGGAGGACUUCGACAUAUCCCACUGUGUGUCACUGUCGGACCUGUCCAUCAAAGCGCUGGCCUUCUACUGCAGAGCCCUGUCACGACUCGUCAUGGCAGGCUGCCCCAAAAUGACGGACAUGGCCAUGCAAUACCUAACGGGCUCUGGACCCCACCUGAAAGAGCUGGACGCCAGCGGAUGUGUUCUCCUCACUGACCGUGCCUGUCGCAUCCUGCUCAAGGGCUGCCAAACCAUCCACUCCCUUACCAUGCUCUACUGUAGGGGAAUCUCCAAGCAGGCAGCGUUGCGCCUUCAGCCUCGCCUCAAACACUGGGAGCACAGCAGAGAAGAUGCCCCUUACUGGUAUGGCUAUGAUGACCUGGACCACCUGAUGCAGCUAAGCAAGAAGCCUGAGAAGCAGGACAUUCCAUCGGAAUGUAGUGAUAGCCGUCGGCAUAGCAGCACUCCGCACCCAUGACUGCCAACACAGAUGUGCUCUAGGAGAAGAGUAUUAGCCAAGUGACAGUAGGACACACCAUGAUGUGGGCGAGCUAGAUUAUCUGAGAUCACAUGUGUGUGCCAGAAUGGUCCAGGAACAUCUG